CUGUUAUUUCUGGACAGAAAUACAAGUUUCCCUAUGUCCCUAUGGACAGCAGGGAAGAAAAACGCUACAACCUCGAACUUCAGAUGAGUAGUUUCAGGAUAGCCUUGAGAGGAUUUGAAAAAUUGGUUGAACGGGUAGCAGCUCAGAAAAGAGAUGAAAGAGCCGGCUUGUUUAUCCAAAAAGAAGAUGUAAUUGACUGUGACAAGUUUUAUGCGACAGUACAGGAACUCUUUGGUCCGGAAGUGAAGAGUCAAGAUGUGAAAUGCUUUUACAGGAAACUCUGCAACAACCCUGAUGCAUCUAUAGACUGGUGUGAGAUCUUUGGAUACUUUUCCUCUGAAGAAGGUUUUCUUACUUCCCAAAUGGAUGAAGAAAACUUGGUUUUCCUCGUUUCAAGAAAACAGCGAGUUGUCAUUUCAGGGAGCAGAAGACGGGAUGUGGUUAAGUGUGUUGUCAAGGUUCCACAGCUGGAUUUACUGAUAACAGCGUCUCAGAAGGGACUGAUAACAGUCUUCAAUAGCCAGAUGAGAGUUCAGACCAGCACCAAUGUUACGGACACCUCCUGGAUCACAGGAUGUGACUACCUCUCGCAGCUGAAGCGAAUUGUUGCUACGACUGAAAGGACCAUUAUUGUCUGGGAUUAUAAAGCUCAAGGGAGCAGCCAGGAAAACUAUUUUGUCAUAAAGCCCAUGGAUCACUGCCUCCUCUGUGUGUGUGUCGCGUCCCUGCCUGACCAGCUCUGCCGAGAUGAGAUCCUCUUGGGGGAUGAUGGAGGUUUCGUGAACAAAUUCACAGUAAGCAGUGAUGACUUUGGACUGAAGCAGGCAAAAUCCAAACACAAAUCACAAAGUCAGGUCUUAGACUCAAAGAACUUUAAAAGCGUUAAAAGAAAGCUACAUAAUGACUGGGUUAUGAAAAUUAGAUAUAUUUCAGCUCUAAAUUGCUUCGGAUCCUGCUCCUUAGACAGUGUUCAUUCAUUAGUUUUGGAAUCCUUGAAGAGACUUGAGGAUAAUUUGCCUGUCAGAGAGUUUUCCAUGCCGAGAGGAGCAAACACUUUUUGUUACUGUGUGAAAGCGAACGUGAUCGUCACUGGAGGAGAUGAUAAAGUGCUCCGCUUGUGGCACCCCAAUAUCAGCACCAAGCCGGUGGGGAAGCUCGUGGGGCACAUGUUCAGUGUCAUGGAGAUCGUGACAAACGAGAAAGACCAGCAUGUCAUCAGCCUCUCUUCUGCAAAGGUUUUCAGGGUGUGGGACAUGCAGACCCUGUCACUGCUGCAGGUCUUCCACGACAGCCAGGGAGGACCAGGAGACAUGCAGAUUUACUCGAUGGUAUUUGAUUCCAACCACGGCAUGCUCAUUACAGGAUCUAGCGUUGUGGACAUGUACCCUCUGACGAGGAUGAUACAGGAUACAAAACAGGUUCCUCACACGCAUGAACGAGAAGUCAACGCCAUGCUUUACAACAAGCAUUUUCACCAAGUGCUCACCGUCUGCUCCGAGUCCGUAAUUAAGGUAUGGGAACUCGAGACUGGCCUCCAAAUAUACCAGAUUUUAGACCCGCAUGGCUUCAAUGUUGAGCUGACUUCCGCAGCCCUCGAUGAGAGUGGGUUUCUUUUUGCCACAGGAGCACGUAAUGGAACAGUUAAAGUCUGGGACUUUGGCAGCGGGCAGGAAAUGAAGGUGCUGCCAGAAGGGAAAGACUGGAAGGACGAUGAGCACUGGCUGCGGCGCCUGAUUUUCCUGAAAGCCCAGGAAAAACACCAGUACUUUCUCCUCGCUUUGGAGUGCGGUGGGAAGAUCAAGAUGAUCCAGGGCAAGGAAGAUGACAUUUACCUCGCGGUGAUCUGGGAGCUGCCCGACGUUGUGCCUGUCCUACGAGGCGGGAGUCGGCUCGUGCAUCUCAGGAUGUCCACCAGAGACAGGAGCCCGGCCAUGCCUUUCCCAGAUGUGGAGCUGAUGGUUGAGAAGAAGUUUUCUCCACAUGUUCGUAAUCCUGCUACCAACACAGAAGUCAACUGCAUUGAUUUAUUACAAGUAGAAGGACACAAUUUGAUAGCUGCCGGGACCUUAAAUGGUGUGAUCAUCUUAUGGAAUUUUGUAACCUCUACUGUCAAAGAAGUGUACAGACCUGAAGAGUGCGUCACGGUGGACCCUGACUUGGAUCCUAAGCGCUACAGAAUUAAUGACAUCCUUUUCCUCUUCCGUAACCCUGAAUGUGCAAGGAGAUCAAGUCAGGAUUCCAUAUGUUCUUCGUCCCAGUGUGAGUCCAGUAAGGGGCCACAGAGCAGCAAGGGAAGCAAACAGAGCAUACAAGACAGUGAGGUCAAAGGUGAGCAAACAGAUGUCACAGCAGGGAAGCAACCUCCAGUGGACAAAAACCAUCUCGGAAGCGCCAGUCUAACGGAUGCUCAGCCACCUGUCCUCGCCACCGCACAUGAGGACGGGCACCUUCGCUUGUGGGCAGUGGAGGGAAGGCUGCUGAAAGAUAUUCUGCCUUUCACGAAACACGCUGCCAUCUCCCUGACCUCACUGCACACGGAUUCAUGCACCAGGAUACUACUGACGGGCAAUGUGGAAGGACACGUUAUCCUUUGCAGUAUUAGUUCCUUCCUGGAUCCACCUCAUGAUGAAAAGAAAUUCAAACAGCUGCUUGCCUGGCGGGCUCAUUCUUUAGAAAUUGUUCAAAUAAUCUACAUAGAAGACAAACAAGUGGUGCUAACUGCUUCCAUCGAUGGCUCAGUAAGGCUCUGGCACGCGCUCAGUGGUCACUACUGUGGGUACUUUGGGCAGCGACGGAUCUUUGAAAUGUCACAGACCAGUGACUUUAUUUUGCCUUGUGAUGUGAAUGAAUAUCCCGUAGAAAUAAAAGAAGAGAGCAAGUUCACAGAGAAGAAGCAAAAGUAUGAAUAUCCUCUGGUGUUUGACCAGCAGAGAUGGAAAAAAAUGAGCUCGAUGUCUCUGCUUUUCAAACGUACACCUCCUAAGGCCUUUGAAGUGGACCACGAUUUUAAGUUUUUCAAGUCUCUUUCUUCUCCCAAGAUUCGAAGACAUGCCUUGGAAGGUUUCAUGACUGAAAACCGAGAGGCAGGGAUUGUUUUUGGUUCUCUGCCUAUAUACAGGGUGUCAAGCCCCACUAGUCUAAGGUUCCUUCCACUAAUUGGUUCAGAAGCUCAGAAGGACUCGUUAGACGGCGUUACAGGAAAGAAGAAGGGAGCUCACGUCCAACAUGAGAAAGUACAACGGAGAAGAAGUCUGAAAAAAAAUCUGGUCCCACAGAUCAAUCUGGCCUCUUCUUUCUUCCCAGCCAUCCCCAAGUGAAGAGAGAAAAAUCAGAAGUGGCCUCUGUGCCCUGAGCUGCACCUCCAAGGGCAAAGGUCUGACUGAUGCUCCAGCCUUCAUUUCAGGAGGGAGAUGAAGAUGCAGCAGACCCCAUCACCGUCUCUGGAUCCUCAGGCCGUCCUGCUACUCAGGGAGCUCAGGCAGCCUCAGCUCUGAAUGCCAAGCAAGCAGCAAGCCAUCAGUUGGCCAACUUCUUUCAUACAUGGAAAUCCACGUACUGAAUAGGAAAUAUUUCUUAUUUACUGUCAAGAAAAUGACACAUAAAGAAAUAAAAUCAAAAGCAUAAGUAGAUCUAAAAUAAUGUGGUUAUCAGCGACUAGCUUUCUAUCCCCUGUCAUUCACCUUAAUUCAUAAUCAGAAUUGUUAUCAGAAUGUGUGCAGUAAAAGACAGAUUACUUACGUGUCAUGCUAUGUGGAAUACAAAGAGAAUUAUU